AUGUGCGGCUGGCGCGAGGGGAUGAUGCUGGCGGGGCCGCAGCUGGUGGCGGGGCCGGCGGUGCCGGGCGGGGAGCGGGCCCGGCUGCUCUCACUCUACGUGCAGGACUACCUGGAGUGCGUGGAGUCGCUGCCGCUGGACAUCCAGCGCAACGUGUCGCUGCUGCGGGAGGUGGACACCCGGUGCCAAGAAGCUUUAAAAGAAAUAGACGAUGUCUAUGAGAAAUACAAGUCCGAGAGCGAUCCUGUUCAGAAGAAACGCUUGCAGCAGCAUCUCCAGCGUGCUUUAAUCAACAGUCAAGAACUGGGAGAUGAAAAAAUUCAAAUAGUUACUCAGAUGCUGGAACUGGUAGAGAACAGAGCCCGACAGAUGGAAACACACUCUCAGUGUUUUCAAGAUCUGUCUGAAAACGACAAGCCUCUAGAAAAGGCAAAGAUGGAAUCCUGCCAGCCAGAGAGAUCUUCACGUAGACCUCGUCGGCAGCGCACCAGUGAGAGCCGCGACCUGUGCCAUAUAGCAAACGGCAUCGAUGACUGCGACGAUCAGCCGCCUAAGGAGAAAAGAUCGAAAUCUUCCAAGAAGAAAAAACGCUCCAAAGCCAAACAGGAGAGGGAGGUUUCACCCGUAGAAUUUGCAAUUGAUCCCAAUGAACCCACUUACUGCUUAUGCAACCAAGUGUCCUACGGCGAAAUGAUAGGAUGUGAUAACGAACAGUGUCCUAUCGAGUGGUUCCACUUCUCGUGUGUCGGACUCACCUACAAACCUAAGGGGAAAUGGUAUUGCCCCAAGUGCAGGGGAGAUAACGAGAAAACUAUGGACAAAUGUACUGACAAAUCAAAAAAGGAUAGAAGAUCGAGGUAGUGAAUGCAAUUCGUGUUUUAAAGAGUUGCUCCUUUUAUAUUGAAAUGUUUAAUUUCCAGAGAAUGCUGUUUUAGGAGAUGCAUAAGACUAUGCAAUAAUUUUUAAUCUAUAAUAUUAAUGGAGUAUUAAAAGCUGUUAUACCUUCUGUGAUCUUUAACUUUCUGCACUGAGUAACCAAAUAGUUGAAACAGGGUGGCUUCAGACCUUCACAGAAGACGUUACAAGCAUACGGCGCUUGAUUGCAAUUUGACCCCGGUAGUAUUUUAAAAACAACGACUUGUGAAUCUGGAAAUAAUGGUGGUGGGAAAGAUACUGGAGAACUUCUUUCCACGCUAGGGAGAAGGCAGUGAAAUGCCUCACCUAACUGCUGUCAUCUUAACAACUGCAUUUGUUCUUCAUCCCAUGUCUUAAGUUUCUGGUUUUUGUGUUACCAUCACGCGUUUAGGAAUAGGGGUUUUUAAUUCGGCUGUAACUGUAAAAGUCUUCCGAGCUAAAAGCAGACCUCUUCAGUGACUCUCAUAUGACCAGUAUGUUAUUUCAAGAAAGAAAAUACCACUAACUUAAGCUUUUUUUUUUGGUUGAUAUUAAACUAUUGUCUUUGUGA